AUGGUGAAGGGGCACUACCUUGACGGGAAGAUUAUCGUUCCGAAGCGGGCCAUCCCUCGCGAGCAAGAGCGCACAUCCAGGUUGUCCUCAUCAUCCUCUUCGGUCCAGCACUCGACGCCUCCUUCCGUCCUGGACUCCCGCUCCGUCUAA